UCUCACGCGCAUCGGACGUCGCGUCUGGCUCCAUCUCGGUGACAGUUUUCUGGUCUGCCAGUUCAAAAAAUGUCACCGUCCUGAAAAAUUCAUCGUCUCUGUUUUUGUCUCGUUGAUUGGAAUCUUGCGUGCUUUAUUGUUUUCCUUGUCUGUUUUUGUCUGAGCGCAAGGAUGCGGCUACGACGCGCGGUUGGGUAUUUGGUAGUGCAGUUCUUCGUCUUGGCACUACUUGUAGAGGGUUCAAAUGCAGCGAGAAAGAAAUCAGAUUCCAGGGCUAAAAAUUAUGAAAUAAAUCGAAAUCCAAGUCGAUCUGUCACUACGACUGUCGACUACGCAAAAUAUCUAGACGAGAAAUAUACCGCUCCUCCUUUACUGACGGUGGAACGAUUGGCAAAAAGAGGCUUGUUAGAUGCAUACAACGAUCCAGAUUUAAAAGCUUUGGAGAAACGAACAGAGGAAUCUUACAGGCAGAAAAAGAACCUCAACGCGGACGAAGAGAUAGACGUCUAUGAUGCUGAGUUCCUUGAGACUUUGCAAAAGCAAGUCAAGUUAUCAAAAAGCGAAUCCAAGACGACCUCCGAUGAGUCGGAGAAUCGUCUAGAAACUAGAGGAUUGUUAUUACGUAUGGUAUUUGGAGGCUCACCAUGGGGAACCAAUCCCAAUAAAAAUGAACCAAAAGGGGUUGAUGCUUCGCAAGGACAAGCCGAUCCCACAUCUAAAAAUGAGCCAGGAAAGACGCAAUCUCCUUGGAGCUGCCGCUCCUUGUUUUCAAAAAUAUGGUCCUUUUAUUCAAGACCAAAGCCAGCAGAAACAACCAAGCCAGCAGAAAUAACAAAGCGAGAUCUUGAUGGAAGUAGAUGGUUCAGCGACAAAUUCUCAGGCAGACAAGCUGACGCUACCUCGAAUCAACAGGAACAACAAUUGGCAACAAGAGGACUUUUAGACGGUAUUUGGGGGAGUCCAGCACCAAAAGCAAAACCAGCGGAAGAAGAUGGACAAGCGCAAGGACAAGUUGAAGUCACAUCUAAAAAUGAGCCCGAAAAGACGCAGUCUUCUCGAGGCUGUCGCUCCUGGUUUUCAAAAUUAUGGCCCUUCCAUUCAAGACCAAAGCCAGCAGAAACAACCAAGCCAGCAGAAAUAACUAAGCCAGCAGAAAUAACUAAGCCAGCAGAAAUAACUAUACCAGCAGAAAUAACUAAGCCAGAGGCAACCAAGCGAGAUAAUGAAGGAAGUAGAUGGUUCAGCAACAAAUUCUCAGCCAGACAAAAUGAAGCAACUUCGAAUCAACAGGAGCAAAAACUGACAACGAGAGGAAUUUUAGACGGUCUUUGGGGGAGUCCAGCACCAAAAGCCGCUGAGAAACCAGCCGCAACACCAGCGGCGGACGAUGGUCAAGGGCAGGACCCACCAGCUGAUGGAGAUGUAGACCCGGGUCAAGGUGACUAUUAUUACGACGACCCUACGGCGGACCAAACCGGACUUCCGGCGUUCCAAGAACCGGAGCAAACCGGAAAACCAGAGCAAAAACCGGAGCAAACCGGAAAACCAGAGCAAAAACCGGAACAAACCGUAGCCCAGGACACAACGCCACCGGCGUCCCAGAACUGGUGGCAGCGAGCCUCGAGAUGGGCAUUGCCGUCACCGCAAUCUGAGAAACCGCAAGAAAAAGCGCCUGAACAACAACAAAGCAAACCUCCCGCACCCGAAAAAGCGACUAAACCUGAGGAUAACACUGGAGGAGGAUGGUUGAAUUGGGGAGCGCCGAAACCGAAAGCUCCUGAACAGAAGGCCGAGCCAAAGGACUAUACCGCAGGUGCAAGUCAAAGCGGGUGGCUUUGGGGUUCCCCCGCCUCCCCCGAAACAUCCUCCCGGGCACCUCCAGUUCCCGCCUCGGGAUCCGGCUCAUCCGGUGGUCUGCUCAGCUGGUUGAACGGCGGCGAAGACGAGAAACCCAAGAACUCACCACCGAAGCAACACGGACCCCUGCGCUCCCUCGUAAAAACCGUAGAGCACACGAUAAUGCCGUUCAAGGGCGUCCGGCGGGCUCUCAAAUCCAUCCCCGGCGUCCGCCCGACGCGGAAGACGAUGAAGUCCACCCUGGACGCCGUGGACUCGGUCGUGGACACCGAGUACGUGCGCCACAUCCGAACAGCGGCGGCCGAGAGCGGGAAGCGGGUGGGCGCCAAGGCCGUGGGCUUGGCCGACGCCGUCUGGGAGCUCGGCACCGGGACGACGGACACGACGCUCAACAUGGUGGACACGCUGAGGAAGGAGUCGGCGCGGACGCUGGACUCGGUCACGGUCGCGUACCCGCCCACCCGCUCCGCCGUGGACUACGUCAAGACCAAGAUGGCCGACGGCGUGGGCUUCCUCCAGGAGGAGAACGAUCGGAUCCGGAAGCAAGGGAAGGGUGUGUUGUCCAGGAUCUCGGGUGGGGCCGUUGGUACGGCUCAGACAGAGGCUCCGACGCCGGCCAGUGGCGGGGGCUGGUGGAAUUGGUGAGGGGGACGUUAAGAUACACAGAAAAAAAUGGAUUGAUGAUUUAACAAUUACAUUUUUGAAAUAUAUGUCCGACGAGUUUCAAAUGUACAUUUUACAAACGUGCCACAUAUCGCCUUCAAUUGUUCGGUUAUACUCAAACACCACACCGGAUUUAAUAUAGUUGCUCACUCGAGAAA